AUGCACCAGGAGCUGCUUUGGGCGGACAAGGCUGCCGUGCCGGUGGUUCCAUUCUACGACGGCGAUCGGCUGGCUCCCGAAGAGUACGAUGUGUGGAAGCAAGAGUUCAGCUUCCUGAAGCGCGCGCCCGUGGUCUACCAUCGCCGCACCCACAUGCGGGUGAAGGACAGCCUCGUGGUAGCCCUUCAAGAGGCCAUCCAGGACUCCUACCAGCUGACAGGCGUCCACAUGCCCCCGGCCCUGUCGGAGCUGCUGGAAACGCAGGCGUCGCGCGCCCAGAAGCGCCAGCAGCGCGCGGACCGCGCGCGGGCGCCCGCGCAAAAGGACAGCGACGAGGAGGUCGAGGAGAUGAGGACGGUGAAGAGCACCAGCCCCAUGUCGGAGAAGCGCUUCCGGUUCCGUGACGAGGAGGUGGAGGACGACACGAGCCCCACGGGCGUCACCCGCUUCCUGAAGACGCUGCGGGAUCCCAUGGGCUGGAAGGAGCAGGAGAUGCGCACUGCGCUGCUCCAGGAGGAGCACGAGGCAGGUGCAGAGGAGGGCCGGCAUGAGCCGCAGCACCAUCGCCUCAAGCCAGGGGGCGGCAUCCUCAAAGGGAACAGCGAGGGAGCGGUUUCGCCACACCGCAGCGCCCCAGCGGCUGAUCAGAUGCCCGUGGAUCCGAAAAUGCAGCAGGGGGUCGGCAGGGUGCAGGAGUACCUCUCAUCCGUGAAGAAGGAAGACGUGAAGCAGCUCCCGACAGCAGCUGGAGCUUGGAGCCGUGGGCUCAAGCUCCCCGCUACCAUACCCAUGAAAGAGGACUCGGCCGAUGGAACUCCCAGCACACUGGAUGCAGGUUUCAAUGGAAGUACAUCGUCGGAUCCGAUCGCAGGCGGCAAUGCCUGCAACACACGAUUCCUCGUCAUCUCUCACGGCAGCGUCGACAACGCCCUGGCGACCUGCUUGCUGUACAACUUCCUGAGCAGCAUCACCGAGGCGACCGACCUCGUGCGAAGCAGCGAGACGCUAGAGAAAGAAGUCGCGGUAUCGGCUCUGGAGUCGCUGAAAUGGGAGGGAGUUUCGUUCACGCUCUUCUACCUGGGCCCAUGCUCUACUUCCGAGCAUGAGACGCCCUCUUGGACGUUCCGAGACGACGAGGUGCUGAGCUUGGAGGACUUCGGGAGUCUCCUCAACCCAGAAGCCGAGGUGGUGGUCUACGCCUCGGCGCGGUGUGCCAACUUCCCGUGCCGCAGCAAGGAGGACGGCAAGGCCGCUCGGUCCGUCUUCCGCCCAGCACCUGCGGACCAGAUCCAUCGGUACAUUUCGAAUCUGGUCUUCUUGCACUUGGGGGUCCCGCGCAGCAAGCUGCAGGUGGAGAUUCCCAUCGCACACGUCAUCGCAGAGAUCCACGAGGACGAGAGGAUGAUCAAGUUAAUGAGCUUUCAGAAUGAGCGGGCUGUGCUUCUGGUGGCGAAGGUCCUAGCCAAGUGGUCGCGCAUGUUGCGUUCGGGGGGAGAGAAGAAGUACGAGCUGCUCUGCGAGCAGCUUUUGGAUGUGAGUGCCUACCCAGUGAAGGAGGUUAGUAUUCGGGCGGUCCCGGCUCAACCAUCAGAUGUGGACAGUCUGGUCCAUAGACGCGACCCAGGACGCGUGGUCAACGUAUUGAUCUUGGGCAGCGAAGGAGACGAAGGACACGAAGUGGUUGCGUCCGUGUCAAUGUGGGAGAAGUUUUUUCGGUGGCAGGGCUGCGUGGUGCGAGUCCUCUGCAGCACCGUCGGCUUGGAGUUAGAGACCGCCCACACGGCUAUCAUGGAUCUGUUUCAGCAGUCGGCGGGAGACCUUGUCCUGAUUUUCGCAGGGCACGGAGAAAACCUGUCUGGCGAUUGGACCUUCGCGGACGGCAAGAUGACACUGGAUUCCUUGUCGAGCCUCUGGGAUUGCUGGCGCAAUCGUUCUGCGGAUCCGCACAGGAAGUUUGUGCUGAUUUCCGAUUGCUGUGAGUCCCACGCCUGGCUUGAGGGGGUUAGCAAGAAGAGGCCUGACUGGAUAUACCAAGCUGCUGCCCGCUGCGAGAGUUGGGGUGCCGAGUUUGCCGGCUUCUUCGUCCUGUCCCAAGUGGCGUGCGCGGGAGAGGGACACCAACACGAAACGGGCUGCAGCAUAACGUUGAGUGGUGAUGGCCGUCAUGACAGCUUACAGCUCCCAGCCUUCUACCGCCGAGGUGGGCGAACUGUGGAAUUGUGCUCCGGCCUCGUCAUCCGUCUCCAAGGAAGGAGCUGGCAAGAUCAGACCAGGGCUUGGGAGAAUGAGGGGAGGAAGGCAGACGCGGAGGGGGAGGACGAGGUGGGCCUGAAUAGUGCCAUGCACCAGCUGAAACUCCCGACGCUGCGGCAGUUUGUGCUGGAGGCGUUGGCCCAUUUCCCGAGCAUCCGGGAGCACGCAGGCUUUGUAAACCUCCUGUUGGAGCUCACACUAACCGUGCACGUACGUGGCGAACGCAGCAAUGUCGACGUGGCCGACGAGGCACUCUGGCCUGGGAUCAUGCAAGUCUUGAGGCAUUCUUCCUCCAGCGACGCAGUGUCCCGCGAAAUCAGGUCGCGGCAGAUCGUCUCCCAGCUGAAGGGCAUCAAGGACAUCGUUAAGGCGAUGACGUCCCACACGAGCAGCGUGGCACUGCAGACUCACGGCUGCGGCUGCCUCUAUGCCCUGUCGUGCUUCAGGGCCGACAACCCAGAGAAGGACACCAACUCGGUGGCCAUCGCGCAUGCGGGCGGCAUCGGGCGGAUUCUGUACGCCAUGGACGCCUUCCCCACGUGCCAGGAGAUCCAGCAGUGGGGCACGGGUUCCCUUCGGCACCUGGCGAUUGAGAUCGGGGGCAACCGGCGUGAGGUGAUGGAGGGUGGCGAGAUUCAGCUCACAAUGCGGGGCAUCAACCGCCGCAUGAUCACGAAGUCCGGGGGCAUCGAGCUCCUGGUGAAGAGCAUGCUGGGGUAUCCCGACGACCUGGAGAUUCAGGAGAACGGCUGCGCUGCGCUGUGCAACCUCAUGGCCAACCGGCACGACACCAAGGUGCGAGCGGCCCGCGCCGGCUCCAUCCGGGCCGUCAUUGGCGCCUUGAAGGGCUUCCCCUUCGAGCCCGAGCUCGCCCACAUGGCCUGCGCCGUGCUCCGGAGCCUGGCGCUGGGCGUUCCAGAGAACAAGAUCUCCAUCGUGGCCCAGGGCGGCAUCCGGCAACUCUGUGAGGCCAUGGCGCGGCACCGGAACGAUGCGGAGGUCAACAUGCAGGCCGUUGCGGCCCUGUGCAACCUGACCUCGCAGCUGGCGGAGAACAAGCGGGCCAUCUGCGAGGCGGGCGGCUUGGAGAUGGCCGUGGCGGCGCUGACGGCGCAUCCGCAGAGCCAGGAGCUGCAGCAGCAGGGCUGCGGGCUGCUCCACAACCUGGCUUGCGACCCACAGCUGCGGCCCCAGGUCAGCGCGGCCGGGGGGCUGCAGGUGGCGGCCGCCGCCAUCCAGCACCCGGUGCGCGCGGUGCAGUCCCUGGGCCUCGUGCUCCAGAGGCAGCUCCAGGCCCAGAAGGUGGCCCCGGAGCCCACGGUUCAGGCCAAGGCGAGCCCGGAGAGCCAGAAGCCCGCGGCCUUGGCCAAAGACGCCUCGGAGGGCGGCGUGGACGAGCUCUUCGCCCCGCGCACGCACACCGUGCGCGUGGCGCGGAGCAAGGCGCUGACGCGGCCGCAGCGCAAGGUGAUGGCGGACGUCAUGGCCUCGAUGCGGACGAACCCACGCGAGUGGCUGCCGCGCGAAGGCUCCACGGCUGGCAGCAGCGCGUCGGGCGACGAGUCCAAGGCCUCCCAGGCCUCCAGCGCCAGCGGGGGCGGAAGGUGGACCCUUCGGGAACAGCAGCGGGCGGCCUCCUAUGGCAUUGAGGACUUGGAGGGCGUCUCAGACAUGAGCUCCGACGACGGCGGUGCGCGCAAGGGCUAUGGCGGGGCCUUUGCCUUCGUGAUCCGUCGGGGGAUGGAAAAGCUCGAGGACGCUGGAACCCCAAAGGCGGAGAAGGCGAAGCCGCCACAGGCUGCUCCUCCUCGAGCAAUGGCGACCAAGGAUCCGCAGCUGCCAGUGAGUCACCUGGGUUUGGACCUGGAAUCUCCAACCUCGGCUACGCCCAAAGGCCAGCCCGCCAUCCUGCCCCUGACGGAGCAGAACCUGAGGCGAGCUUCGCAGGACACGAAGGAUGUCCCAGCUGCUGCAGAAAGAAGAGGCCAGGUGUCCUUCGCCACAGACGCGAAGGAGGCCGAUGCCGAGCAGGCCUUGGACACAAGAUCCCAGGCAAGCAGCGAUCAGAGCGAGGGCGGCUGGAUCGAUGACCUCGAUGACCCCCGCCUGGAGAGAAGGGCUCGGAAGCAGCGCCGGCAACUGACCAAGAGCUUGGGCACCAGCUCCGGCAUCCUGGAGGAGGUCUUCGGGGAGGUGGAGCUGGAGGUGCAGCGGCCGGCGAAGCAGCCAAGGAUUCGAAAGCCUGUGGCCAAAACCGACUUUGCACGUGCAUUGCGGAUGUGCGGCGAAGCUCCCCCGGAACGCGUGUCCUUUGCCUGGGAGGAAGCUGUGUCGGCCCGAAGUCUGUAUCGCUGGUCGUCAAGCCAGUUCAACGGCGUUUGCUGGAACAAGAGCGCUGGCAAAUACCGCGCGCGUUUCUGCUUGGAUAACCGGCAACACCAUGUGGGCUCUUUUGUGUCGGAGGUCGAGGCUGCGCAGGCCUGCGACGCAGGCACGGACUCGUGGAUUGUCACGAUAUGGGCAAACUGGCAGGAAGGAAGAGGCGUUCCCCUGCAGCUGAAAUCGGCGAGCUGCCGUGGGAACACUUUCAAGACUUACAAGUUCAACAAAGCAAGAGGAUAUCACGGAAUGCUCCUAGUGCUGGUCGCUCUGGAUCGUGACAUGUUCUGGGCUGUGCCGGGAAAUGUGGUGACACGGUCAUCGCUGAGCGUGACAUUGGGCUCGGCCAGAGAUUCGUCGUGGCGGGUGCAGAACCUUGGUCUUCUGUUAGAGACAUGCUGCAGCAGGUCCACGGACUUUCCCUCGAUCACCCUGGAGGAAGCAUUGCAGCAGUGCAGUUGUUUCCAUCGAGUCGAAGUGCAAGCACACCUGCUUCUGGCAAGGCUGCUUUCUACAGGAAGCUUUCAGCUUCGGAGAUCGUUUCCAAACAGUGCUGCGGUGGAUUCCGUGCUCGCCGGCCAAGGAUUGGAAUGGCGCGUGCAGGAGAAAGCAUCCAAUCUCCGACGCUGCGGCACUUACGCAGCAAAUCUUUCUAAGCACGGAGGGGCGCUCGGGCGCAUUGCAUACACGGACAAUGAUUUCGAUCUGCUGUUGGCUUCGGUCCUGGACAACGGGCGCUUGGCGGGGCUCUUCGUCUUUCCCAUCGAGGUGCUGUCAAGACUCGGAGCUGUCGGCCAGAAGCCCGUGAAGUUGAUUUUGUACCCGCCUUGGAACCUGGCAAAACGAGAGGCCAUCAGAUUGAAACAUGCCUGGCAGCUGGAGUAUUUCGUCGAUCUGCGCGCCUGGGAUGGCGAGGGCCCCCUGUCCGAUGUAAUGAACGAACUGGAUGGCCUUGCAAAGUAUGCUCGCUUGCCGUCCCUGGAUGUUCGGAAGAGCCUCUCAGGGGUGAAGAACCUGGCAGGGCGCGGCACGGGGCAGAAGCGGUCGCUCGAUGACCAGGCGUCGGAGUCCCAGUCCAUCUACGCCGGAGAUGACGUGCAAGAUGUGGGCAAGGCGGAGGUGGCGCUGCUGGGCGCUUUGGGGGAUGCGCUCUCCAAGGCCAAGCAGACCAGGCCGUCCGGCGGCCAGUCGCCGGCCGCGAGCUCCGAAGCUGGCGAUGCGAGCACCGACAUCCGUCUGCGCACCUUGGUCUUUCUUGUUGUUCAAGAGACGAAGUAG